AUGGGCUCCUUAGGCGCACAAAUCCACGGCAAAUUCCCCCUCUUCGUCAUCGAUGCGGGGGUUGACGACGCGGACGCUUGGCAGAGACCAUACCUCACAACACCAAUAUUCAGGAAAUUCGUCAACAAAUCAUUCCCACUGAUUGACAUCCGCCCCGAAAUUGCAGCCCCAGGGUAUAACCCCGCCGAUCUACUAAAGAGCCACGGCUUCGGGGUCCUAAACCACAAGUCCGCGCUCUUCGACCCCUCCAACGCCCAUCUAAGCAUAGACGACGAGCCCCUCCUCCAUGAAACAUACUACCCCGAGAUCCGCGAGCUCCUGACCAAAACCACCGGCGCAAAACACAUCUUCAUAACCCACAGCUUCGUCCGCAAAAGCCGGCCCCGCGGCAUCACCGGUCCGAACCCGCCUAACUCCGCCCGCCGCGCUGGAUCAAACAAUCGGGCUGACGCUAACUUCCGGGGCACUGUAAACCACCAUGACAACACUACCAACGUCCCGAAGCAUAUCCCCGCCGGCGCCGGAGUUGGUCCUGCCCGCCUCCCGCAUCUCGACAACACGCACAUCAGCGCGCGUCAGUGCAUCCGCUUUUACCGGCGGGAUAUUGAGCAACAGGCGCGCGAGAGCGGGGUCAUCGGUGCUGAAGACGGGAUUUGUGCUGACUUGCCAUUCCCAGCUACCAGCGCCGAGGCCAAUACCGUGAUCGCGGAGCGGUAUAACCGCGGCGAAUUGGGGCCGCGGUAUGCAGCGUAUAGCGUUUGGCGGCCGCUGGGAACUGUGCAGCGGGAUCCGUUGUGUGUUGCACCGCGGCGGCAGGAUACGGGGGAGCUGGUAGAGUAUCCUUAUGACCUCCGGGUUCCGGGGAAUGCGGAGUUGGGAGGGGAUUUUUUGCGGGAGGUGGCGCUGUUGGGUGUGCAGGGGGAAGAGGUGGGGGUGGGACGUGAAGUUGAUGCGGGGAAACUGAAGUGGUAUUAUGUGUCGAAGCAGACGAGGGAGGAGGUGCUUCUUGUCAAGUUUUUUGAUAGUGCGGCGUUGUGUCGGGGUGAGGAAGAGGCGGAAGCGCCGUGGCAUGGGAGUCCGGAUAUUGGGGACGUGUGUGGGGAGGGAGCGAGGGAGAGCAUCGAGGUGAGGGUUAUUGCGUUUUGGUGA